AUGGCCAACGUGUUUGUCACCGACCUGCGCAUGCAUCGCCGCUUCGACCUCAAAGGGUCGUCGCAGGGGCGCAGCACAGAGAAGGUGGCAGUGGAUGAGACCACUACCUUGAAGGAUCUAGACCUCGACCUCUCCUUUCACAUGCCUGCCUCGUGGCGAGUGCUCAUGCACAGGCAAAUCGCCCUGGACACAGCGUUCCUGCAGCGGCAGAACAUAAUGGACUACAGCCUGCUGCUGGGGGUGCAUUUUCGCCCCACCAGUGCCGCGCUGCCACCUGUCACCAUCGCCGAGGGGCGGUCAACCCAGGACGGCCAAUCCCGGCUGUCCAGCUCAGCAGCUGCUUCGGCCACAGAAGUCGAAUCUGGGGAGGACCAAUCAGGGCGUGACACAUCAGCAGUAGGUGACACGUCAUCUGGUGAAGCCGCCCUGCAUGCCGCCUCGACUUCGGUCCGCACUUCUUUCCGCCAGAUGAAGCAUCACAUGCAGAGGCCAUGGCAGAGGGUUGCGUCCACCUCUAUCGCCGAAGCGUCAGUUGACACCUCCACCACAACAGACAAACUCAGCCGUCUAGAAAAUGUCGCGGUGGGGGCAGCUGAAGGGGCGAGGUUAACAGCCGAUGCAGCAGUGGGAGGGGAAGAUGGGAAAGCAGGGCAAGUUGCAAAUGGCUUCUUGCUGCCCACAGCUUCACAGCAGCAGCAGGAGGAGGAGGGGAGUGGGCAAGGGAGAGAGCGAAAGAGCUCGGGAGGGGGAGGGAGCAUGGGAGAGGGAGGAGCGGCAGGGGGCAUGGGGGAGGGAGGGAGCGGGGUGCUGCUGGGGCAGGGCAUGCCGGCAACGGCUGUGAGGGUGGACAGGCGGACACGCAAGGCUGUGAUGGACCCGGCCAAGAGGGAGACGUACCAAGUGGUGCUGCACUUCGGAAUCAUCGAUAUCCUGCAGGAAUACAAUACGCGCAAGAAGGCAGAGCACGUGUGCAAGAGCCUGCGUUAUGACGGCACGUCCAUCAGCGCUGUCAACCCGAGUCUCUAUGCGUCCCGGUUCGGAAAUUUCAUUUCAGUCACAUUCCCCUCCAGUAAUGAAACCUGGAAUGAAGAUGAUGAGUGA